AUGGCGAGCCCUCCGGGGGAAGCUGCCCAAACUGAAGCCCCACGACAUCUCCUCCGCCCGCCGCCGCGCGCCCUGCCCGCGGUGCGCAUCCGCCUCAUCAGCCCCACCGUCGGCUACGGCCUCUUCGCGGCGCGCGAUCUGGCCCGCGACGAGCUGGUCUUCCACGAGGCGCCGCUGCUGACGGCGCUGUUCAACGAGGCCUUCGCCGCCGACCGCGCCCUGGUCGCCUCCCAGGUGGCGGCGUGCCGCGCCGCGCUCGCGCAGCAUCGCCAUGUGAUGGCCGUGGCGUUUCCCGGGUUGGCGGGGAGGUUUGGGGUCCGGGGCGUGGAGUGGGAGUUGCCGAUUGGGAUUUUGGGUGUGGUGGAUGGGGAUGGUGGGGGUGGGGGUGGUGGUGAGGGUGAGGGGGGGGAGGGGAUGGGGAUGAAUCUGGUUGUGGAUGGUGGUGCUGGUGGCGAGGGGGGGAGGCCGCAGUUUGCCGGGGCGGAAGUCACGCAGCGUGAGUAUGAGGCGUAUACUGCCAGGUUGAGGAUGGGUGGGAGUGUGUCGGAGGUGGACGCCCGCGAGGCGUGCCUGGAUUUCUUCAAGCACUACGCCUUUCAAGUCCCGCCGGGCGGGGGUUCGGGGUCUGCUGCGGUUGGGAAUGGGGGGGAAGGAGGGCUUGGGAACGGAAUGACCGGCGCCGCUUCGACGAGACAGGCCUGCGUCUACCUCCUUGGGUCGCUGAUCAACCACUGCUGCACCCCCGGCCCCACGUUCUCGAGCUCUGUUUGUGCUUCUUCUUCCCUGGGCAGGGACAAGAAUAAGAACGAGCCCGGGCCGAACUGCUCCUGGCGCAUCGGCCCGUCGGGGCUGGCGCACUUUGUCAAGCCGCGUCAUAUCUGCGUGCAAGCGCGCCGGGAUAUCCGCGAAGGGGAGCAGCUGACGUGGGACUACGGCAAGCGGGAGAAGGGCUUCGUUUGUGAGUGCGACACCUGCCGGGAGGGCGGGCUGAGCUCGAUCUGUAACAUGCUAUGA